AAAUGCGCUUGUUUUUGCAUUUUGACGUCCAAAAUACAUAUAAGGGAAAGUAAUAGGGGAAAACUGGGAUAUUAUGAGUAGCUUAAAAACUAUUUUCAACAAUAACUAUCGGAAGAUUUUACGAUCUCCCUGUGCGUUACACUGGAGCGAGGCUGCAUGCGCGGGUAAAAUAAAGAAACAAGAAACAACGAUGAAUGAUUCAAUAGAAAAUGAAUCACAUCAUGUGAUGUCGGCGAUCCGAGAAGCGCUACUAGCAAUACAAGUCUUCAUUCGAAAGCUCAACUUUGACCAUGGCAUUGUGCAGUUCACUUUAGAUGACACAAAAAUGUACAAUAAAGUUAUUGAGGGUGAUAAAGCUACAACACUUCUUGAAGAGUUGACAGCACUAUUACAAGGAAUUAAAGAAAAGUUACAUGGCAAGAAUACUCAUCAAGGAAAUCAAAAUAAUGAAUCAGUCACCAAGAAAAAAAGGAUUGAGAGACCAAAUAGCAGAGAUGAAGCAGAGGCAGUUGAUUGGUCUCUUGUCCAAGUGACAGCAGACAACAAGGAGAUUAAUAGAAGAAUAACCUCAUUCAUUGAGAGAAAAAGAAGUGAGGUGGAUCAACUCAACAGAAGAGAGUUUUGCAAUGUUGUUGAUGAGGAUAGUGAAGUGGAAAAUAGUUGUGCAAGAACUGAAGCUGUAUUCAUUCCAAGACUGGGUCAAAGAAGUCACAUUAAAGUAACACAUAUAAACAAUACCAAAACAUCUGAUGAGGCCCAAGCUCUUGAUCAUGUGACGGGAUUACAGGGAUAUCCAUCUGAGCCCAAGAAGACCAUCCAGAAGCCUAUGCCGUCUCCCAUUACACCAGCACUGAAUGAGAGAAUCCGCAACAUGGAGUACUCACUAGGAGUCAAUCCAGGGCGGCCUGUGGCAUCUGAUAUUUACCACAAGUUGCAGCUUCUUGAAAGUCGUAUACUUUACCUAGAAGGCCUUUCCCCUGAAUACAUGUCACAUCUUUCGACAUCAAGUGGUGGCGUGGUCUCCUCUUGUGAUACGUCCUCCUUCUCACAGCCGUUCCAGACUUUGUCAAUAGACGCUAUAGAUGAACGGAUGAAAUCUCUAAAGCAGUCUCUUCUAAGAAAGCAUUCAAGCUAAGUCGUACCUGAGUAGGCUGAAAUAAGAACAUGUUUUCGUACUGGAACAUGUCGCUCAUGUACCGGUAGUUCCGGGUGCCGGUUCCUAGAAAGCAGGUUAGCGCUAUGACCCAGGGAUAAAUGCGGCUCGACAUUUGAUUGUGUUAAAGGGGCAUUUAUCUCUGGGUUUGCGUUAACCUUCUUUCUAGGGACCCGUCUUAGAAGUGUUGGCGAAUUCACCUUAAAAGAUUUAGAACAACGAAACAAAGGCAUAGAUUGAUGUAUAGUUUAUUCAACGUACAGAUUUUUUCUUUCUCUUUGUGCAUUCUCUAUAAAUAAUUCGCUUGCAUUUCUUGUAUCUUUUGUUCAUUCGAUAUUUACAAUAUAUUCUCUCCACUGUACAAUCUGAUAGUUUAAAUCAAACUAACAUAACAAGUAAGUUAUGUAUUAUUUUGUGCGUUUACCUAAUGUUUUGCAAUAAAUGACGUCGCUUACCACAAACACGAUUUGUAAGAAGCCCGAUUCUUAUAUAAAAAUUACCAUAAUUUAAACGUUUGAUUUCAGUAGGACAGAGGAAUUAAGGUAGAGUUAUAAACCAGUUUUCCUUUUUACUAACAGUACACUCCGACGUUUGAUUAAAAAAGCGCUAAUUGAA